CUUUUAACACACUCACGACUCAACCAGGCUCUAAGGAUUACACAGACAACAUGGCUUGGUGCCGCAUUCACUUCAACCUUAAUCUCCCUUUUCCAUCCGAUGCGGCGUCGUUUCCGUCCACAUGUCACAGUUCCUCUCACCUCUCACUCUCACUUCCUACAACUACUCCUACUCCUUCUCUCUUCAAAACAAGAAAGAUCUCUUUUUCCAGUGCUUCGCGCCGUACAUGUGGUGCUGUGAACUCUCACAUGACCAUGGAGGAGAAGCCUCUCUCUGAGAAUCGAAUGCUCGUGUAUGUGCCUCCGCAUCCGUUGAUCAAGCACUGGGUUUCGGUUCUGAGGAAUGAGCAAACUCCUUGUCCCAUCUUCAGAAAUGCAAUGGCUGAGUUGGGAAGGCUACUAAUGUAUGAAGCUUCCAGAGAUUGGCUGCCCACUGUUUCUGGAGAGAUUCAAUCACCAAUGGGUGUUGCCUCAGUGGAGUUCAUUGAUCCACGGGAGCCUGUGGCUGUAAUUCCAAUCUUGAGAGCUGGUCUUGCUCUUGCCGAACAUGCAUCAUCAAUCUUGCCUGCGACAAAAACAUAUCAUCUAGGAAUAAGCAGAGAUGAGGAAACACUUCAACCAACUAUAUAUUUGAACAAGUUGCCCGAGAAAUUUGCAGAAGGAUCUAAAGUAUUUGUGGUUGAUCCGAUGUUGGCAACAGGUGGUACUAUAGUGGCAGCACUAAAUCUCUUAAAGGAACAUGGAGUUGGCAACAAGCAGAUUAAAGUGAUAUCUGCUGUCUCUGCCCCUCCAGCUCUUCAAAAGCUGAGCGAGCAGUUUCCUGGGCUUCAUGUAUAUACUGGAAUAAUUGAUCCAACAGUUAAUGAAAAAGGGUUUAUAAUUCCUGGCCUUGGAGAUGCCGGGGACCGCAGCUAUGGUACAUGAUACAUUCUUGGCUUCCCUAUCUUUUUGGGGCCCUAAAGUUAUAUCAUUAUUUCACUUAUGGAUGCUCAACUUCCAAUAUCAUUUGAUCAUUGGCCCUCUUUAUUUUAUUUAUUUGUUUAUUUAUUUAUAUCAUUAUUAUUAUAAAAUACAUAGGUGUUGAAACUCAUAAUGUGAAAACCGGUAAGUAUAUAAAUUUUGUAUAAAAUACAUAGCAUACGAGUUUUAUUUUA